AUGGAUUCAAAUUCUGAAUCUGAUUCAGAAAAUACAAAAAAAAAGUUGCCGGAUAACGGAGAUAACACUACUCUGGAAAAGCAAGAAUUACCACAAACAAAUAAAGAAUUUAUGAAAGACGAAAUUAACUUAGGGGAAAGCAAAGAGCAAAAGUCUUCUGAAAUGGCAACUGUUCACGAAGAUAUGGACAUUGAAAAUAAUGAAGAUGAGGUACGUAAUGAUUCUGUCAGUGAAUCCGGAGAAGUUGAUACUUUAGAUCUCGUGCUUCCAAAAAAAGAGUUGACAAGGAAGAGGUACUCUGUGGACUACAAAAGGACUCGCUUGGAUUUUAAACGAUUUUCUGUAGAUUGCCGGCGUGAUUCUGCUACUUUGGAAGAAUUAGCGCGUCUCGAACAAGAACUCGCGCGGACAAAUGUGGACGUGCGCCCUGGGGGUCGACGCAAAUCUACGGGUAUUCUUAAAUCCACAACUAACAGCAGCAACGGAGGGUCAGAACAUCGACCCAGCAGCAAACAGGAGUCAGACACAGAGGAUGACGAAGUAUUUGAGGAAAGUGUUGCCAAAACUGGUGAAAAUGAAGGUCCUCGAGACCCACCAGCAACACCGGUAGGACGUGAUGAGUUGGCACUAAGGAGACAUAGAUUUUUUUCGGAUCUUGUUUGUGCUGCCCGGGCUGCUGUAGAACAUCGUGUUCGCUUUGAUCCACUCGGUCCAGUUGUUGCAGAUCCAGCUACCAUGUCAGAUUUUGCCAGCGUCUUAAAUGGUGCUACCUCGUUGACCGCAAAUUCGAUUCGAAGGAUAAAAUCAAUUAUUUUGGCGGCUACCCAAAUUAUCUUGCUUCUUACGAACUCAGACAUUGAUCAAUAA